AAGAAAUAAAAAAAAAUCUAAAAAUCUUUUUGUUUUUAAUUCCAAUUCGUUGAAACUUGAUUAACUUUAAUUUACUUCCAUCUUGUUUUGAAUUAUUAUUUUGUUUCAAGUUUCAUCGCGCUAUCAAUUGGUAUCUUUAUUGACUUUCACUUUAACCUCAACCUUUUGGAUUAGAAUUUGGAAAUUUAAAUUAUCUUCUCUAUUCUCUGCUCUCUCUCCAGAUGAAGCUGGUUGAAUCUGUGGUAACCAAUUUUAGAGUUGCCAAAGUAUUCAAGGAAAACACUGAAAGGAUUAACUCAAUUGAUUUCUCAGCAAAUGGUGAAACUCUUAUUACCUCAUCUGAUGAUGAUUCCAUAGUUAUUUAUGAUUGUGAAAAAGGAACCACAAAGAAAACAUUAAACAGUAAAAAGUACGGUGUUGAUUUGGUUCAUUAUACACAUGCAGCUAAUACUGCCAUUCAUUCAAGCAAUAAAAUAGAUGAUACCAUUAGGUAUCUUUCUUUACCGGACAAUAAAUAUAUCCGUUAUUUUCCCGGACACACCAAAAAAGUGGUCACAUUAUGUAUGUCUCCCGUUGACGAUACCUUUCUAAGUGGAUCUCUGGACAAGACAAUUCGUCUAUGGGAUUUAAGAUCACCCAAUUGUCAAGGUUUAAUGCAUCUUAUGGGACGACCUGUGGCCAAUUUUGACCCGGAAGGAUUAAUCUUUGCAGUUGGAAUAAACAGUGAAUCAGUUAAACUUUAUGAUCUCAAAUCUUUUGACAAAGGACCUUUUAAUACCUUUAAAUUACAACAAGAUAAAUUAUGUGACUGGACUGGUCUCAAAUUUUCACCUGAUGGUAAAAUGAUUAUGAUUAGUACCAAUGGUAAUGUUAUCCAUCUUAUUGACGCUUUCCAAGGUACACCCUUACAAACUCUCAUGGGUCAUGUGAAUGCUAAAAAUUUACCACUGGAAGCAUCUUUCUCACCUGAUUCCCAAUUUAUCUUCAGUGGUUCAACUGAUGGUAAAAUUCACGUUUGGAAUGCAUCUAAUGGAAACAAAGUAACAACCUUUCAAGGUGAACACACAUCAACAGUCCAAUGUGUUCAAUUUAAUCCCAAAUAUAUGAUGCUCGCUUCCGCCUGCACCAUGAUGCACUUUUGGAUACCUUCUAAUUGUGAUGAAUAAUAACAAUAAUGAAUAUUAAUUAUAAGGUGAAAACUAGUUAACUGAAUGUGGAUGAAUUUUUUUUUCUAAACACUCGCCCAUUCUAACUUGAUAUUGUCAAUUUUGUCAAUUCUGUCAACUCUUUUAUCCUCUCUCUCUCUUUCUCUCUUUCUUUCUUCUUCUCUUCUCUUUCUUUUCUUCUCUUUGUUUUGUCUACUUCAUUUUCAUCUUCACUUAUUGAUUAAAGUUUUGCCCAACAUUCAAAUUCCUAUUUACUUUGACUACAUUAAACUCUUUCAUCAUUAAUUGCGAAAAAUAAAAUUCAUUUACCUGUAAAAA